AACCAGACAGUGAUAUUUACAUGCGCUUUAUGAAGUCCCAUAGCUGCUAUGACAUCGUUCCCACCAGCUCCAAGCUGGUUGUGUUUGACACUGGACUGCAAGUGAAGAAGGCUUUCUUUGCCUUAGUGGCCAAUGGGGUGCGUGCUGCUCCACUGUGGGACUCAGAGAGGCAGUGUUUUGUGGGAAUGUUGACAAUCACAGACUUCAUCAUCAUACUACACAGAUACUACAAGUCACCGUUGGUGCAAAUAUAUGAGUUGGAAGAUCAUAAGCUUGAGACGUGGAGAGAAGUAUAUUUGCAAGAGACAUUCAAACCUUUAGUGAACAUAUCACCUGAAUCAAGCAUAUUUGAUGCAGUGUAUUCCCUCAUCAAAAACAAGAUCCACCGUCUGCCUGUCAUCGACCCUGUUACGGGAAACCCACUUUACAUCCUCACACACAAGAGGAUCCUCAAGUUCCUACAGCUCUUUGUGCGCGAGAUGCCCAAGCCAGCCUUUAUGAAGCAGACCUUGGGGGAGCUGGGCAUCGGUACCUACAAGAACAUAGCUUUCAUCCACCCUGACACACCCAUCAUCAAGGCCCUGCAGAUCUUCGUAGAGAGGAGGGUGUCUGCCCUGCCUGUGGUGGACGUAUCUGGGAAAGUGGUGGAUAUUUACUCCAAAUUUGAUGUCAUAAACCUGGCAGCAGAGAAGACGUAUAAUAACCUGGACAUCACCGUGACCCAGGCUCUGAGGCAUCGCUGGCAGUACUUUGAGGGGGUCAUGCAGUGCCACAAGCUGGACACACUGGAGACCAUCGUGGACAGGAUUGUCAAAGCAGAGGUCCAUCGGUUGGUGGUGGUGGAUGAUCGCUCGGCCAUCGAGGGCAUCAUCUCCUUGUCUGACAUCCUGCAGGCCCUGGUGCUCAGCCCAGCAGAUGCCUGCAGAGAGGAGGGCCUGCUGGAGUGAGAGGGGAAAAGCUGUGGGGACCACUGAGGUUGAAGGCUGUCAUAAAACUUAGUAUUCUACUUCUAUGGCUUCAGACAUGGGGCCCAGAGCCCUUGGUAUUGAUGCUCUAGACUUUGAAACCAAAAGGCUGGGCUGGACUGAUACGGGGAUGUAAAGGGCUCUAAUGCCUGAGGACCAGCAUCUCUCUGUCUAAAUGGAACUGGGCUUCAUUCACUGUGGGAGGGUUUUAGUAGGGUGGAAUGAUGACGCAGGGUGAGGUUGAGCCAGUCUGGAGACUGUGGCUAUGUAUAUGAGAGCUAUGUAUAUUUUGGUUUUGCUCUCUAUCUUGCUGCUCUGUCGUUGUUCCAGCAACAGUGCCUAGUCACUCCCAGUAAGUUUUAAACCUUCAAGGAACAAGAAGAUUGACAGAUAUGGUCAAAGCGUCUUAGACUUGAUGAUACACACUUUAGGAUAAAUGGCAGGUUUUCAUGCUUUACCUUGUAAUGGUGGAAGGGUCUGUAUUUUUAUAUGAGUAAUAUGCUGUGAAGAGAGACGGAACAUAUAAAAGGCCAUAUUUUAAGACGUGUUUUGCCUGCUUCAUGUACUUGCAAAGGAAAAUGGCAGAUUCUGAACUGCUCACAACUGGUCUCCUGUGCUGUGGCCAGAGUAACACAACUCGGACAAAACUCAUCUCUGUUCUAUUACUGUAAAUAACAACGUUUUGAAGAAAAGUGCCAGAGAAAGCUUUAUUUUUUUUAAAUCUAAGUUUAAAACAAAUUAUGUUAAACUGACUACAGUUUAAUAUUCUUUUUGUAAAUAUAACGUGGCAGUAAAAUGUUGUAUUCAAAGAUGGACUGUACAUGUGCAAGCGAUAAAUGACACUAUAACAGUUAUAAAUGUUGUUCUUUACUUUUCUAAAAGCAG